AAGCGUAAUGCUGUCACGAGGGGGUAGGUAGGUUGCGAGGUUUGAAUAAGGAAGUUUACAUGGUACGAGCUUCGCAUUUAGUUCAGUGUUUGCAAAUAGAGUAACUUCAUCACCAGUAAGCAGUGGUCUGCCAACGGGGAAGCAAAACAACGCUUGUUUGCAGUGCGUGCUAUUUGCAUUAGCUACAGAUAGGGUUGCAUGUGAAAUUAAAACAAGGAUCUUACUUGCCUGUUCGAGAUUUACCAAUAUUUUGAAUAUUAUAUUGAUUCUAAAGAAAAAUAUUUCAGUGCAGCUCUUUAGCCAACAUUUGGGAUUUGAAAUGGAUGUUCUACCCAUGUGCAGCAUCUUUCAGGAACUUCAGAUUGUACAUGACACGGGCUACUUUUCAGCUUUACCAUCCUUGGAGGAUUACUGGCAGCAGACUUGCUUGGAGUUGGAGCGGUAUCUACAGAGCGAGCCUUAUGUCUCGGCGACAUCCGACAUCAAGUUGGAGCCGCAGGACCUCUGGAGCAAGCUGAUCUUGGCCUGCGGUGAUAAAGCGAUUGACUCUGACCCAAAGAUCCCUCUGGUCAAAGAAGAGGACAAUCAGGAUGGCCAGAUCUUGGAAACCAACAGUGUAAACUCUGACGCCUGCAGCGAAGCUUCAGACAGUUCCGUGGAGCUCUCGCCGACACACAGCUUUACCUUGAACCCUCUGGGGUCGGUUCUGGCCGGUUCUGGACCUUUUAGCCCUUCUAUCAUUAGCACUCCCCCAUCCUCCCCAGAGGUCAGCUCGGAACCCAGCAUCUCACAAGGCUGGGGAAGUGUAAACACAGAAUUGACCUUGCCGGUAAAAGUCCGGACAGGCGGCAUCGGAAAGAACUCGGCAAAGUCUGGGCUGGUUGGUGGAGACGCGUCACCGGACGGGAGGAGACGGGUGCACAGGUGUCACUUCAACGGAUGCCGCAAGGUUUACACAAAGAGUUCCCACUUAAAAGCACACCAACGCACUCAUACAGGUGAGAAACCAUACAGGUGUUCAUGGGAGGGCUGUGAGUGGCGAUUUGCACGGAGUGAUGAGCUAACCAGACACUUCAGGAAGCACACUGGGGCCAAGCCAUUUAAAUGCAGUCACUGUGACCGGUGUUUCUCCAGGUCCGAUCACCUUGCCCUCCACAUGAAAAGACACCUCUGAGCAGGUCGGAGUGGAGCGAUGUUAGCCGUUUAGUGAAACUAACAAACGCAGCAAAAGGAAAUGUCGUCUCCUAACCAGCCUCAUGGUUGAACUGCCCUUGAGAGGAGCGAGCUAGGGGAGCGUGUUCUAGCCAAAGUAUGCCAUUUUGCACCAUACCCAGUGCCUCCAGGAUGGAUGGACUCCUUGGAGAAGGAAGGCGCUCUGAAGGUUGCCUGUCCAAAAACCACAACAACAGAGGACAAAAUCAUGUACAGACAGAAGGAAGCAGCCAAUUGAAUUGAGGGACUUGAAAGAAAAAGACAAAAAAAAAAAUACUAAAACAAAGACAAAAAAAUAAUUUACGAAUGAAUGAGUUGAAUGUGUGGUUGGUGCAUGAUGUUUUUGAGGUGAAGCAACUGUCUCCUGGACGACUGAUACACUGGUACUGCUUUACAAAAACGGUUGUCUGAGGUAAGCAUGUGUGCACUGCGAAUGUCUGACUUGGUUGACUGGCCUGUGUGCAAAGAGGGGGUAGCAAAGGCGGUCUGGUACCAGUGUUGCUGUGGACUGAAUGGUGUCAGGGAGCAAGUUUUCUUUUCUUGUAGUUGUGAGUACGGGUGUGUGAGAACGUGACUGCCUGCCUGACUGUCAAGCAGCAGUGAGACUGAGUGAAGAUUGGGGUUUCUCGCCAGAAGCCUUGAGGGGUUGUGGUGUAGAGUGGUAUGGGGGGGUGAUGUUUUGUUCCCCCCCAUUCAGCAACCCAGGCCAGGGCAGAAACUCCACAAUGUGAGUCCUGAGUGAGAGGAGCUUUUUUUGGUGUUUGGUGCAGCUACUAAAUGUGCAAUGUGUUACGUAGCUUGUUUUUUUACAAGUUACAAAGCAAAUUUUUAGUCCAUUGUAUAAGCUGUGUGCUUAGAGGUAUAACACAACUAUACUAUAACUUCAGUAUCAUAGACAGGUGUUGCAUGGUUCUAGGGUUUGUUCUCUCUUCCUGUUAUUCUGUAAUCAGGACUGCAAAUAGAUUCCAAUAAAGGCGCAGCUAAAUACAAACGGUUAAAUGUUACAAUAUUGUACAUAAAGCCUUGAUGAUUUUUUUUAUUUUAUUACUUCAGUACUUCUCUUUCUCUCUUUUUGGUUUGAGAAACCACGACUGCUUACUUAGCAACUGAAUCAUUCAUUCAUUAAGCUAUUUUUUUUCUUUCACUCAUCGAUGCCUUGAGGACUAUCGGAUUUGAUUUUGUAUAUUCUAUCUUCUUUUCUACCUGGUAAUGCACUGUUGACGACCUUAAUGGUGCCUUAUGCAAGUGACCUAUCCUUGUGGGAUGGAUGACUACUCCUUGGAGAGGGGCGGGGGGUCACAUUGUUGUAUGGGUGAUUGAAAAGCUUUAUUAAGGCUCAAUUUCACAUGAACUUACUUGCACCUUUCCUUGUUUUCAGAGACUGCUAGGUCUAUUAGCCCUAUGUAGAUUGUGAAUAGUGUUUUGUGUUUAUAGCAUGUACAGAUCCUCCCUUGUUAGGUUAUAUUGCAUAGCACCCUGAUGAUCUAUAUAGUACAUUCAGUCGAUUCAAACCAAUACUUGUGUAAAAUAACUUCAAGUCAUCAUUUAGAGAGCACUUAUAACAAUAUAUUACUAGCCCAAUUUACUACCACUGUAGUAUGUACUGUAUCUACAUAGUUAUACACAUUUGGUAUCAAGUGAAAAUGUUGCUCAAAGGUACAAAAAACCUGAUGAGACGAUAGGACUAGAUCUGGGCUGUCACCCUAUUCCCUCUUUAGGUCACUACUUUUUGGUCCAUAGGGCCCUGGUCAAAAGAGUCCAUAGGGCCCUGGUCAAAAGUAGUGCAUCAUAAAGGGAAUAGGGUGCCAUUUCAGAUGCAGUCUAGGACAUGAACUUGUGGUUUGCAUAAAGACAAGGCUGACUUGAAGGGAAUGUGAUGGUGAUGCAGCUGCUUUCAACAAUGCCCUAACAUUGGGUUUGUAGAGAACUCGGGGGCCCAGACUCACUGUAGGGCAAUAUCCCCCCUGCAACCAAAGCUGAGGAAAAACCCUAAAGAUUUAUUGUAAUUAACAAGCUCCAGUUGGACAGCCCUUGCCUUGUACUGCAUCUCUGUAAUAAAUUGCUAAAGGCUUUGCUGGCAUAGAAUUUAUUACGGACUGCUGACUCUGGGAGUUUGCUAUUGACCCGUCUGGGCAGCCGCAUUCGUUGUUUUGGUCCAGGCAGCUACAUUAUUAUCAAAACCAACGUGAACAGGAUUCUGAAGAGAGAGAGAGAGAAAAAAUAUCUAUCCCCCCCCUCCCCAUUUGAAGCUGAUUCAUUGUUUAUGUACACACUUGAAAUAAUUUGAAGACUUCAGGACAUUUUUGCAGGGUAAGGGACCAAAAUAAUGUUAAAGGAUAGCUUAUUGUGUUAUAUUUGUCAUUUAAAAAAAGUCUAGACUCAAGGAUUGGUGAGAUUAACAUUGAAAUAUAACAAAGUACAUAGACUUAUUUUAUUCAGUAUCAGGGACAUGCCAUGCUUUGUGGGUGGAAAGGAAUUUGACAUUGCAGCAAGAUCAGUGUAGCAGGGCCACAACAUGGAUUUUAGAUCAGAUUGUUGUAAGAGGGAGGAUGAGUACAACUUGAAACGGCCUGCUGCAAUAAAAUUACACCGCCAGCAACAGCAAGGCUUUUGUGGCAAAGAAAUAGAACAAUGACUUUCUGUCUUUGUAACAGAACAGCAGCCAAUAUCUUUCAGGUGAUAAUCGAGCCUUAAUUAAGCCUCAUGUUUGCUUGCAUCUUAACCUACAGUUUCCCAUUGCUGUCUGCAUCCCAAAUGGCACCCUAUUCCCUAUUAGAGUACUACUUCAGACCAGGGACCAUAGGGCUUUGUUCAAAAUUAAUGCAUUAUAUAGGGAAUAGCAUGUCACUUGGGACGCACUCUGAUUCUUUCUUCCCCUUCCACACACAGCGCCCCUUGUUCUUUACAGAAUCUUUGUCAAAGAAAAAGAGAAAAAAAUAUUCAUUUUGUAAGAUUGUUUGUUUUUUGCUUUAUGACAUUUUAUUUGAAAUUGUUUUGCAAAAUUGUUAUAUUUCUGUAUGAAUGUAUUUUUUAUUGGAAUAAUAAGAAUCUUAUCAGACUUA